CAGAAGUGUGAAGAUGGCGGUUGGCUCUAGCUGGAUGGAAAAGCUUUUUUUACUUUCUGAGGUGAAUAAAGAUGUAGCAUAACAUCAGCUGCAGUCUGUAGAGACACAAAUGUUGUUCUUGUGCAAUAGUAAGGCCGUGUUAACGAGGCAGGCGGUUAUUACAGAGUUAUAGUUCCGGGAGCAGGGUAAAGCUAAUAUCCAGCUGAGACUUUGUGCUAAAACAGGUACGAUCUGUAACUACUACUCAUCAUGUUUUCCUCUGCAUUUUUUUCUCUUAAGUACGAACAACAAACACCAGAAUUGACAGAAAGUGUCGGCGGACUAUUGCCUUUUCCACACGUCUCUUCUAGUGAACUUAAAGUGCAGAGGAGCUGUUUAUAACAGUCCAAUGGUGAAACUAUGGACGCAGCGACCAGCAGCUCGGACUCCUCUGGACACGACCCUGGCAGGACACUUGUUGUCAGUGGCGGUGUAACUUCUCUGCCCGCUCCUCAGGAGAAAGUCGACACAUUGUCAGUGCAGACUUUGAAUGGGAGCCAAAGUAUGAAUUCUCACAAUUCAGGAAGCGCAGCCCCUCUGGGGACCGCAGGGACAAGUGUCCCCGGAGACAGCAGCACUAACACUACAUCUGUCAACAGCGGGACAGUGUUGACUAAAGUGCUGCCUUCUUCCAAUAGCGUCAUUCAGACGUCUCCCUUGAACUCUCACAGCCAGGCUGGGGGCCAGGCUGGGGGCCAGGCAGCAGGGGCCACUGUGACACUUGUUAGACCACCUAUGCACAUAGUAGCUCUCAAUGGAAACAACAAUGGAAGUCCUGCAGCUGUCACUUCAACAGGUAUCAGCCUACAGACUCCUCAAGUAAACAACAACCCAGAUCCCAGCUCUGUGUCUGUCAGCACAGCCACAAAUGUUAUCAAGCAGGAGCCCGCCACCACAAUAAUACAGCCCCCACCUCAGCAGGCAGUCAGUCCCCGGACCCCUGUUUCUCUUUCUGCCAGUCCAGGUGGAGUUCGAACUCUGUCUCCCCAGAUGUUAGCAGCAAGACUGCCCCAGCCCACUUCUGGACAGCCCAGCGUGCAUAACAUCCAACUCCCACCAGGGAUGGUGCUUGUGCGCAGUGAUAGUGGGCAGCUGCUGAUGAUUCCUCAGCAGACUCUGGCCCAGAUGCAGGCCCAGGCUCAGGGAGGCUUGGCACCGCGGGCAGCCACUCCAACAAACAUGCAAACUCCUGGACAGACCCCAGGAAAUGCUGUCAUCAGUCGACCAGUGACCCCCAGCACUGUCAUCAGACCAGGAGGCCCUGUGUCAACCACUCUCCCCAAAACCACCACACUUCAUAGACCCCAUAUUCUUCAGAGUGCAGUUGGCUCAGCGGUGCCUGGAAUGCCCCCCAGACCAAGCGGUCCCACAGUUACCUCGCUAACAUACAGCAAAGAGACAAUGGAAAAUGUGAACAAAUGUAAGAACUUCCUGUCUACAUUGAUAAAAUUGGCAUCUACUGGGAAGCAGUCGACUGAGACGGCGGCGUGUGUCAGAGAACUGGUAAAGGACCUACUGGAGGGCAGACUGGAAGCUGAGGAAUUCACCAGCAGAUUAUAUAAAGAGCUGAACUCGUCACCACAACCUUACCUAGUGCCUUUCCUGAAGAGGAGUCUCCCGGCUUUGAGACAGCUCACUCCAGACUCUGCAGCCUUCAUUCAGCAGGGCCAGCUCCCUCAGUCCAGUUCAGGUCCAGCCUCCACCACCUCCACAGUGAUCCUCAGCAGCCCUGGGCCUCGGGUCACCACAUCCAUCACCAGGCCUCUACUCCAGCCAGGGGUCACCAAACCAGGACAGUCCCCCUCUCUGGUUCUCCAGACUCCCCAGCAGAGAGCCCUGGUGAGACCUCAGGUAACCCUCCCCACAGCCUCCAUGGUAACGCUCAGGAAUCAUGCACCAAGCCGAAUAAUGCUGGGACAGCAGCAGAUCCAGCUUAAAGAGCCAGGUGAGAGGCUGAGGACUAACGUGAUGGAGAUGUUAAAACAUAUUUCUCCUACAGCACUGACUCUGGCUCAAAGAAACAAGCUGAAAGAGGCUGGUGGCACAUUCAAAGAUGAUGAUGACAUCAAUGAUGUGGCAUCUAUGGCUGGAGUAAACUUAACUGAAGAAAGUGCUAACAUCCUGGCGACUAAUUCAAGUCUGGUGGGGUCUGUGACACAUUCUUGUGAAGAUGAGGCGUUUCUCUCCUUUGCUUUACUACAGCGGAGGAUGCUGGAGAUUGGGAGGAGACAUGGGGUGACAGAUUUUGGGACAGAUGUGGUGAAGUUAGUAUCUCAUGCCACUCAGCAACAUCUCCAAAACUUGCUGGAAAAGGUUACACAAGUAGCCCAGCAGAAAAACAUCAGCUUUAAGGACAAUGACAACUACGACCAGAGCAGUGACGUUCGUGCCCAACUCAAGUUCUUUGAGCAGCUGGACCAGUUAGAAAAGCAGAGGAUGGAGGAACAGGAGAGAGAGAUACUCCUAAAGGCAGCUAAGUCUCGAGCUCGGCAAGAAGAUCCAGAGCAACUGCGACUGAAACAGAAAUUUAAAGAGAUGCAGCAGCAAGAACUUGCACAGAUGAGGCAGAGAGAGGCUAACCUGACAGCGCUGGCAGCCAUCGGCCCCAGGAAGAAGAGGAAGAUUGGGGACUUUUCUUCCUCCUCUUCCGUCUCUGAGGGCUCCGGAACAGCCUCAUCUGCGUCUGGAGGAGCCUCUGCAUCGGGCUCCAGACCCACGCGGCAGCGCAUCACACGUGUCAAUCUCAGGGACCUGCUCUUCUGUUUGGAGAAUGAGAGAUUCACCAGUCGCUCCCAUUUCCUCUACAAGGGCUUUCUCAAAUAGACUUAAUGUCAGACAGGACCUGGAGAGCGGGGAGUGAAGAGCACAAAGUGACUCUCACAGCGACGAGGAGGAGAGCGCAGACCGUACUCAAUAACCGGAGACGCCCCCACGCCCUCCUCGCGACGCAGACACUUCCCUUUAUUUUCAGUGAUUUGCAUCUUGUUUCCAAGUGCUAAAAUAGAUUCUAUGUUUUUAUGAAAAUUUGUAUGACUAAGUGACUUAUUGUAUUAUUAUGCACUGUAACAACUACAGUUUAUUUUCCUGAUCAUUUUUAUGCACAAGUUCAAGAAAAUCAAGAUAUCUUUUAAUGAAAAAACUUACGACAUUUUAAAUUCUGUUAACAUUUUGUUGAAUUAGACUGUGUAACCUACUGAGUUGCCUUCCUAACUAUGAAGAAGCCAUAUAGCCACCCUUAAGCAAUUAACCUGCUGUAACUAAGAAACAGUAGCUUGUGCUUUGCUAUGUCAUCUCUCAUUACUUUACUUGAUUGUUGUAUUUAUUUUACUAAACAUGGGCUUAAGUUAAUGUUUAGUUAUUUAUUGACAUGUCACUGUUUCAUCUGGUUUUAGGCUCACACUGAGACAAAAACAAACAAGACAUUGCAAGUAUGGAGAGGCUUAACUUUCAGCAGCAUUUUGAUUUUGAUUUAAAUUUAACCGUGAAACAUAAUUGGGAUGUUGUGCUGUGUUUGCAUGACAAAGUCUAACUAUUAUGGCCACUUUUUAAUAAUAUCUUGACAAAAUACUGGUAAUAAUCUUGCAGUUUUCAGCUCAGUGUUGCUCUAAUUCACUGCCCAUUGUUGAUUUUUCUAAUCAUUUACAUCUUUUGUAUUGUGUUGUGGGUUUUCAGAUGUUUUAGCAUAAAAGAUGUGUUUACUUUUCCUUUGCAGCAGUUAAUUGUGUUUGUAAGAAAAUGUAGUUUGACACAAUUUAUGCUGAGAUAUUUCACAUGAUUUUCACCCUUUAUUAUUUAUCACCAAAAUCGAACUAAAACAAUUCUAUUUUUCUAGCUUGCCGCGCUCACAUAUUUUUACUUUUUAAAUCAUUUGUACAUCCAAUAACUCUUACGUGCUUCUAUACUGAACUCCUAGAAUUUUUAGGUUUUGACUCGGAGUUUCUUGUACAUUUGUAAAUGUUACCUAAAGUUUUACACAAAUUUGUAUAGUAUUGAGAAUUUAACCCGCGGGGAAAAAUCAUAGCAUUUUCUCUAUUAUAACAUUGAAUAAAUAUUGAAUUUUUUUACAAUAAUUACAUUUGACAUUUAAUUCA